AUGCAAUUAAAACAAUUAGGUAGGAGCAAUAUGUGCUACUUGUAAGAGCAUAAAGAAUUUGAUAUGCGCAUAAAGUAUUUGUGUGUAGAUAGCCAAUGCACUCUAUAGUUCAGAGCAAUGUGUACAGAUUGUUAUAAUAAGUUGCAUUAAGGACAUCGCGUAAUUGAUUUGAUUGAAGCAGAAAGGUUGGCGUAUCAGCAAAAUUAAGAACAUUUGGCUUAAUUUAAGACACAUAUAACUAAAUUGAAUGAAAUUCUAUAACACAGUAUAAAGACUAUCAAAACUCACAUCAAAAGAUUGUAAAAUCAAUUCAAACUCCUCAUUGAAUAAGAGUUGGAAAAAUUACAUCAAUAUCAUCUUUAACCUCCUAAUGAUUUAAAUGAAUUUGCUGAAUAACUAUUACAUCAUUAGAAUAUUAUUUCAACAACAUCCAUGUAAGUUUUAACUAAAGGAGUCAAAUCGUUGUUGUUGAAAUCUUAUUUUUUAACUUCAGAUAUUACGGUUUUUACAUUCAAAGAUUAUAUCAGUCUUUCAGAUGAUUCAUUAGUUUAAAUCAAAAGGUUUGAUCUAGUACAAAAAGUACUAUUAGAUCAAAUUACCUUCAAAACUAAUUCCACUGAAGCACUUUAAAUAUUCAAUAGUCAUCCUAAAAAAAUUAAAUGUCCAGGACUUGUUCAUAUCUAUUCCCUCGAUAUUAAAUAAGAUGGCACUCUAAUUGCAGUAGGAGGUCAUCCUGAUACCCUCCUCUUAAUUGAUCCAAUUUCUGGACUAAUUGUAAAAUCCUUUAAAACAACAUUCUUAGAAAUUUUUGCUAUAAAAUUCUCUUCAGAUGGAGUAAGAUUAGCUGUAGCUGGUUCUUGUCCAUAUGAAGUGUAUGUUUGGAAUUGUAAUGAUUUUGAAUAAAGUCCAAUAAUCUUAAAAGCAUAACAACUUAACUAAAUAAAUAGAUUAGAUUUUAUAUCCAAAUAUUUAUAUACAGUUAGUGAUGAUUAUAAACUUCGAGUUUGGAAAUUAAAAAAGAAUGGAAUCAAGAAUUAUAAAGAAUAUAUAGGACAUUGGGAUAGUAUAUAUGGUUUAGCAGUAAAUAACAAACAUGUUGCAUCCACAGGAAAAGAUAAAACUUUGAUUGUUUGGUUCAAAGGUAAAAUCUUAAAAUAAUGGAUGGCUCAUGAUGCUGAAUAUGGUGGAUAUUGUGUUGAAUAUUCUUUAGAUGGAAAAUUACUUAUAUCUACUGGUUAUGAUAAAAAAAUUAAAUUAUGGAAUACACAACAUGAUUAUACAUUGAUUAAACAAUUUUCAUCUCAUGAAUAACCCAUAUGGACAUUAGGUCUCUUAAUGAAUACAGAAUUACUUGCAACUGCUAGUUGGGACAAUACAAUCAAAAUUUGGGAUAUUUAAACUGGAAAAUGUAUAUACACUUUAGAGAAUCAUUUUCAUUCAUCUCCAUGUAUUAAUGUCAAGUGUUAUCCUUUAUAAUUCUUGGCCACAAAUGAGGAAGGACUUAUUCUAAUAUGGAAUCUGUGA